CGGGCCCGCCCGCACUCGAUUCGCCCCGAACCCCGAGGAUGCGCGUCCUGAGGUCGCCCAGCCUCCUGCCGCUGCUCUCGGGGGCCCUGGCGCUGAGCGGGGCCCGGGCGGGUCCCCACUCCCUGCGGCAUUUCUACACCGUCGUGUCCCGGCCCGGCCGCGGGGAGCCCCGCUUCCUCGCCGUCGGCUACGUGGACGACACGCAGUUCGUGCGGUUCGACAGCGACGCCGCGGACCCGAGGAUGGAGGGGCCGUGGAUGGAGCAGGAGGACCCGCAGUACUGGGACCGGGAGACGCGGAACAUGAAGGCCGCCGCACAGACUUUCCGAGUGAACCUGCAGACGGCCCUGCGCUACUACAACCAGAGCGAGGACGGGUCUCACACCCUCCAGCGGGUGUCCGGCUGCGACCGGGGCCCGGACGGGCGCCUCCUCCGCGGAUAUUUCCAGUUCGCCUACGACGGCGCCGACUACAUCAGCCUCAACGGGGACCUGCGCUCCUGGACCGCGGCCGACGCGGCGGCUCAGAUCACCCAGCGGAAGUGGGAGGCGGCGGGGGCGGCGGAGCGCCACAGGGCCUACCUGGAGGGGACGUGCGUGGAGUCGCUGGGCUGGUACCUGGAGAAGGGGAAGGAGACCCUGCUGCGCGCAGACCCUCCAGAGACACGCGUGACCCGCCACCGCGUCUCUGAGCGCGAGGCCGCCCUGCGGUGCUGGGCCCGGGGCUUCUACCCCGCGGACAUCAGCCUGACCUGGCAGCGCGACGGGGAGGACCAGACGCAGGACAUGGAGUUUGUGGAGACGCGGCCGGCGGGGGACGGGACCUUCCAGAAGUGGGCGGCCGUGGCGGUGCCGCCCGGGGAGGAGCAGAGAUACACGUGCCGCGUGCAGCACGAGGGGCUGCCCGAGCCGCUGACCCUGAGAUGGGAGCCGCCCCCUCAGACCACCGUCAUCAUCGUGGGAGUCGUCGUUGGCCUGGUCCUGCUUGGAGCUGUGGCGGCUGGAGCCGUGAUGUGGGGGAGGAGGCGCUCAGGUGGAAAGGGAGGCAGCUACGCGCAGGCGGCCAGUGAGUACGGAGGGGGGACCCCUGAGACCUGGUGAUGGUGCCAAUGGGAGCCCAGGGGGAGCCCUGUUUUGUGCUGCUCCAGGCGGUGACAGUGCCCAGGACUCUGAUGUGUCUCUCACGGCUUGUAAAGCGUGAGAUGGCUGCCCUGUCAGGGAUUAAGCGAUGGAAGGUUCUUCACAAACACACACUUGCCGACCCCUGUUUGUGACAUCAGGAAGGUCCGACUACUCUUUCUGCAACUGGCAUAGGACUGUGUUCAUAUCAGCACAAGGUGGGGAGGUGGGAGGCUGGCCCACCCCCCAACAAGCCCCUCCCCACACUUUCCGGUUGCAGCCCAGGUGGGGCAGGUCCUCCCCCUCCCUGUCUGUACUUCCAAGUGCCCUGAGCUGCAGCUUCUUACUGUUUUAAUGAAAUAAGAUCCUGAAUAUGAA